AUGACUGAAUCAAACAACAACAGCAAGAAUUCAUCAUCCAAAAAGAACUUCCAUACAAUCGAAUUGAAAUGGAUGAAUCAAAUAGAAACUUCCAUUGUUGAUAGCAACACCCGAGAUGCAGACGUGAUGGUCCAAGUCAGUUCCAGAAAGAUUAAAAACCAAGAAGAGUCUCCAAAUAAUAUCUUGUUUAGGACCCAUCAUUACGAGUUUCGUUUGGAACCCAAUGAAAGUUUCUUCAAGUUGAAAGGAAAUUCUGACACGAGUAGUCGAUUUUUCGUGGAACUCAAGCUUUUGAAAAAUUUGACACAAAUGAGAAAGCGAAAAACUCCACCCAAUUCGCUCAGUUCUUCCCUUCCUUCAUCUCUCUCUAGUCAAGGAUCUUCUCAAUCAAACUUUCAUUCUUUGAGUGGUUAUCAAACACAAUCUCUCUCCAACUCACAAAAAGAAGAAGAGGAUGAUUCUGCUCUCUCUCCUCGCUCACUAGAAAUAGCUGAAGAAAAUUCAGAUACCGAUCAAUCGAAUGAAGCUGCAGCUGCUGCUGAAAAUUUGUUGAGUAUUUGUGCACUAGCUCAACGCAGUGCAUCAACUUCUAUGGCCACUCAUGAUGAAACCUCUUCUCCACAGAACACCCAACAAAAGCCACAUUCCUUAUUCGGAAGCAAUAUUCAAACGGAAACUACCACUUCUUCGUCACCAACUAAGGUCAGAAUAGCUCCCAAUCUCACCUCAAUAACAACAAACUUCAACAACUCCUCUAACAUUGCAAAACCAAAUUUCACUCCUUCCGUUGAAUAUGCAAGCACACAAAAUCCUCCAUCAACAAAAUCCUCGACGACACAAGGAGGAGUUAGAACUCCUCCAACCACACAGCCUACUGAGGUUGUGUUUGAGCCUUUUGCUUUUACUCCACCAAAAAAAACAAGUAAAGGUUCUAAAAACUCAGAAACUCCAUCAAAGAAAAAACGAGGAGCUGCCAAAGAAAACAAUUAUGAUGCCUCCAAUGGCAGCGACUCUCCUGGUACUAUGGACAGUGCAGGCAUUGUUGACAGUAGCAUUCCAUUCUCUCCAUUUGAUGAUAUUAUUAAUAGCGUGGACCCUAACCAUUUCACAUUAAGCACAACGAAUCCACAAGGCAUGGAAGAAGAGUUUAGAGAAUUUUCAAUUGGCAAUGAGGAAGUGCCCGUCAUUACAUACUCUUUCACUGAGGAUCUUGCAACAAAGAGUUGGGUGGUAGAACUGUUUUGGCCCACAGAAAAGAAGGCCCUAAGUUGGAGAGGAAAGUUUUGCUUUUAUAUUAGCAUUUUCAGAAAAGACAUGGCCUCUCGUAGUUACAAACUUGUAUUGAGCAAAAUUUCAUCUCAAUUUGCUGUAUUUUCCAAACCAGAUGUUUAUCUUAAAAAGAUAAAAUCAUCCACAACAAAGGAAUCUAAAAAAUCAGAAGCCAAAGAAUCAAAGAAGAAGAAGGGUGGUAGGAAAAAAGAGACAACAACACCUUUGGUUGGUAAUCCAUCUCCACAAAUGUUGUCGGAUGGGGUAGUGGCGUCAGCAGAAACGAUGACCAUGGUCGAACAUCUCUUGCCACCAAAACCACAACAAGGCCUUGCAAGCAUGAUACCUAUCAGUGGUGGUGGUGGUGAUAUUGCAGUUCAUCCAUUCCAACCACAACUUCAACCUCAUCCACAGGGAGGAUCUCCACCUCUUUCUGGCAAUCCUGUUAGAACUGCCAGUAAUAGCUUACCUCCAAGUGCAACAUUGAUGCAUCCACAGCAACAACAGACAAUGAUGAACACACUUGCUCCUCUCAAUCCUCAAUCAGGAUUUCAUCAUUCUGGAGGGACAUUGAACACAAAUCACAUGCCAUUGCCCAAUCCAAAUCAAAUACUCUCCAAUGCACACAUGUUGCAACCACCACAACUGUCACCAUCGAACAGCAACAACAACAACGCAAGUUCCAUGCAUUCACCUCCAAUGAUGAUGGUGAAUCAUUCCCAACAUCACUAUCUUGCUCCUUCGUUCAACAGCGGCAAUAACAGCACCCUUAAUGGAAGCAGCACUCCUGGUAUCAAUUUGCAACCACCAACAACAAGUAUGAUUCCUCCUUUCUCACCUCCAUCAUCCCUGGCGACUGGAACUAAUAGCCAAACAGAGAAACGAUUCAAUUCAGAAAUUGAUAACCCAACUACCAUCAAUGAAGACAUGUCACCGCACAAGAAGACCAAAAUUUAA